UGUUUACGUCACUUCCUUCUCUGCUCAGCAUGAUGGCGGUGUCCAUGACGGACCUGGCACAUUGACUUCGCCCUGACGUUUACAGUUUAUAGUCCCCAUAAUUUAAAGUCGGGACGUUUUUUUCAGUAGAUGACAGAUAUCAGUCAACCUUUAUUGGACUAAAUCGCAGAUCAUGGCUCUUCACAGACUGUCCUUCAGGCUACGGCAAACGGUAACCCAUGCAAGGUCCCUUCAUACCAGUGUAUGUGGGCAGCAGCAGGAGGCUCUGGCUACAGAGUCAGAAUCUGAGCCCUUCUCAGUCUUCAGAACACAGGAGACUGAUCCGGCAUGUCAUUCAGAGAAACAUAUCGGACAGUACUACACUCUGCCAUCAGCGCACAUUAGUCGUGCGUUCCCUCACGGCCUCCCACGGCGCUUCCAACAACAGGUGAAGACAUUCAAUGAAGCCUGCAUCAUGGUGAGGCAGCCAGCUCUGGAGGCCAUGUCCUACCUGAAGAAAACGGACUUCAGCCAGCCUGCUCUGCGAUAUUUAUUCUACGGGACGAAGGGCAGUGGGAAGACGAUGUCUCUCUGUCACACAGUCCACUUCUGCUACACACAGGGAUGGCUGGUGCUGCACAUCCCUGAUGCUCACCUGUGGGUGAAGAACUGUAAGGAGCUGCUGCAAUCAUCCUUCAACCCCUCCCGAUUUGACCAGCCGCUACAAGCGAUGACAUGGCUACGUAACUUCAGAAUCACCAGUGAACCUUUCCUGUCAAAGAUAAAAACAAAGCAGCGCUAUAUAUGGACAAAGAGAGAGUCCACAGAAGAAGGACGCCCACUAGGAGAGCUGGUGGAUCACGGUAUAUCUCGCGUGAAGAGCAGCAGUGAUGUGGUGGGGGCGGUGAUCAAGGAACUGAGACGGCAAACUGGGCAACCGGGGUCAGACUUUCGCCUGGCCGUGGCUGUGGAUGGUGUCAAUGCCCUGUGGGGGAAUUCCACCAUCAGGAAGGAGGAUAAGAGUUUUGUGGAUCCAGGAGAGCUCACUUUGAUUCAUAACCUGAGAAAGCUCAUGAAGAACGACUGGACUGGAGGCGCCAUCAUCGCCACUCUAGCUCAGACUGGGUCAAUCCACACUUCAAAAUCUGCCUACUUGCCUCAAGAGCUCCUUGGAGAGAAGGGCUUUGACAGCAUGGAUCCGUUCAUCCCCAUGUCAGUGCCCAUCUACAGCGAGAAGGAGUUUGAGAGCUGUUAUCUCUACUACUUGGACCGCCACUGGCUGCAGCAUCCUCAGAGCCACACGGAAGAAGGAAAGAAAGAGCUCAUCUUUUUGACCAACAGGAAUCCAUCGAUGUUGGAGAGAGUUUGUAGCUUCUUGUGAAGUCGCCUAAAGAUUAAAAUCACACGGAGACACACAAAAAAUACCAGUGUACCCAAAAUACAUAUACAGUUGUCCAUGUCUAUAAUAUGUGCCCCUGUGUAAAUUAUGAUGCGUAUGUGUAACUUUGAUAAUAAAAAGUGAAAGUUAAAAAAA